GAGGAAAAGGCUGCUGGUAUUUCUUACAAUGCCCUAAUGCCUAUGGGUGCACUUUCCAGUGUGGUGGUCCAGACUUCGGCCUGCGAGCAGCUGUUUCUGUUUAUCAUCGUUUGGAGAUAGACCCGAGAAAGACUCAAGAGUCACGCUGUGCUGAGGGGAGUCCUCAUCCAGAUGAGCUUUUGUCUCCAGUCAUCAGCUGAGGACACGUUUCUUUGGUCAUUUGGAGCAAGAACUAGGAAAACUUCGAGAGAAAGUGAAGGGAAAGUUGAUUCAUCCGUUGACUCAACUCAUCAGGACAAGGGUUAGGACUGCCAGAGCAGGACAUCCGACGGGGACAGCCUACCCCAGAGAAAAAUAAGAAAAAAGAUACUUUUUUCCUGGCUUAGAUAAGACAGACUUGCCAUCGACUACAUCACGAACAUUUGUCUUAACUUCCUAGUCCUUCCAGAUGGAAGGAAGCCAACUUUCGGAAGAAAAAGCUUAAUCCCUUUCAGGCAUCUUGACACGAGCCAUCCAUCCUUAGCCUCUGCCUUAGUAAAGAGGAACCGAAAACCUGUCUUGUCCAUCAAUCUAAAGAUCAAAGGACGUCUUGUCUUUUUCCGCUGACAUAAAGAGACCAAAAGACGAGAGCGAGAAGAAAGCCUAUCCAUCUACAUUAGUUUAACGCUGCCCAACAUCCAGCUUCUAACCUUGUAUCGUCAGAGACGGCAGGUGAAGAGGGACCAUCCUGCCUUCACCCACUCCCAGCGAAAGUGUCAAUCUCCCUGCCCUCAAAUCUGAGAGAAAGUUGCGCUAAUUCCCUCGGCCCGACUACUGAGAGACGUCUGAAGAUCAGACUCGAUAGCAGGGGAACAAGAAGACAACCAUCUACCUUAUUCUGUCUGCCUUUUGUCAGGCGCUUUGUGCUUCCAGAAACAUCGAGCCCCCAGGUGCUAAUCUCAGGUGACUCCCUGUCUUUACACUAAAGCUAAUAGAGUCGUCUAAGAGGUUUCAGCACAAGCUGGGGGGUCUUUGAAGUUCAUUACCGGGCUGCUGUCAGAGACGUAGAGUCGUGAGUGUGUGACAGCCUGGAGCGAUUUCUUCAGUGAGACAGAUAGUAGAAACUACACGUUUUGCGCAGACGAGAGCUACAGAAGUCGCCUGAAAGAGCAAGAAGAGACAUCUGACCAGCUGUCUGAGAAAGAUCCGGAGAGAAGCAAUUCGCCCAGCAGAUCCCACCUGAAGACGUAUGGCUGACUGGAGCUUGCUGGGGAACUUUCUAGAGGAGGUGCAGGAGCAUUCCACUUCAGUUGGCAAAGUGUGGCUCACCAUCCUCUUCAUCUUCCGCAUCCUGGUUCUGGGCACAGCGGCCGAGUCUUCUUGGGGUGACGAGCAGGAAGAUUUCACCUGCGACACUGAGCAGCCCGGUUGCGAGAACGUUUGCUACGACCGCGCCUUCCCCAUCGCCCACAUACGCUACUGGGUGCUGCAGAUCGUCUUCGUCUCCACGCCUUCACUCAUCUACAUGGGCCACGCCAUGCACACCGUCCGCAGGGAGGAGGAGAAGAGGAGGCGGAACGAGCAGGAGGACCAAGGAGGUGGGGGGGAAGGAGGAGGAGGUGGUGGAGGAGGAGGAGGCAGAGGUGGAGUUGGGGAGAAGUACCCUGAGGAAGAGAGGGACUGUGACAAGGAUGAGGGCAGAGGAGGGAAGGUGCGUUUGAGGGGGGCACUUCUGCAGACCUACGUCCUGAGCAUCAUCAUCCGAAGCCUGAUGGAGGUGACCUUCAUUGUGGUGCAGUACAUGAUCUACGGCAUCUUCCUCAAUGCCCUCUACCUGUGCAAGGGUCCUCCAUGCCCACAUCCAGUCAAUUGCUACAUCUCGCGACCAACGGAGAAGAACGUCUUCAUCGUCUUCAUGCUGGUGGUGGCGGCUGUGUCGCUCCUUUUGAGCGUCUUAGAGCUCUACCACCUGGCUUGGAAGCAGUGCAGGAGGUGCGUCAAGGACUACCAGGCCAUUAAGCAGGAAAGAUCUGGAACACCCUCAACCGUGGCUGCCACUUGUCCAGAACCGUCUACACCAGACCGAGCAUGUACUCCACCUCCCAGCUUCAGCGAGUCCCUGGCCACAUCCUCACCACCUCGCCAUCCAUUACAUCCACACCCCCACCACCCCAGCUGCCCACCGUUCAACAAUCGCUUGGCGCACCAACAGAAUUCUGUCAACUUUGCGACAGAGCGUCAUCGUGGUCAUGAUGACAGCCUGGGGACGGAGGACUUCCUCAAGAUGAGCUUCUCACAGGAACCUACGGACGUGCCCAAUUCAUGUGCGCCACCUCCGUUGCUGAACAACGGAUUUUUAAGCGACAAGAGGCGCUUCAGCAAGAGCAGUGGGUCAAGCAGUAGAGUGAGGCCAGAUGACCUGGCAGUCUAGUCUUGAAGCCAUUCUGCCAAGAAACGGUUGUCAUCCAAAGUUUGCUUCAGUUUUGCACUUCAGCUACAACAAGGCUAACACAGCUAACAAGUAAAAUAAACAGUAACAUAACGAUGCAGCCAUACCGGAGCCAGCAUUAUGCUGUAACUUGCCUUGUUUUGCUGAUUUUUAUAGAUAACAGUACGUCAAACUGUCAGAAAGCAAGUCUAGUUGAUACUUUGAUUUCAAACAACAGAACUCAGUUUGAAGAAAACAUGAUGACGUAAGUUGGCUGGUAUAGUGGAUAACACCACCACCUUCCCUGUGGCAGACUACAGUCUGAUUACCUGGUCAUGCAGGGACAUUACCCUACACAAGUAUGUUCUGUUCUGCUCUGUUCACAUUACAAGUUUAAUUAAUAAAUUCUGAUUUUUCUACUCAGAUUAAAUUUGGAAAUAUUGGUAGCAAAUGACCUGUAUCUGUCUUUAAUGUGAAAAACUCUGUAUCUGUAAUGGCAUGCAUGCCCACAUUUAAUUAAUGUGACACAAAUCUAAUUUUUUUCAGGACUGUGUGGACAUGCCAAACCAGAUCUGUUAAAGUCAGAGUAGAGCCACUCUCAAAUGUGGUCCUAAGCAAAUGCUUAUAGAGGCAAAACGGAUGCGUGAAAUUCAAUGCAACUGUUCAGAUUCAUGCUACAUGCAUACAAAUUGAAUACAUAUCGUAGACCACACAUGGAGGUAAAUCAAAUCCAAUUUAAAAAGAUGUCCACACUGAAACUGAAAAAAAUCAGAUUUGUCUUACAUUUACACUUUAGCCUCGUGAUGUGAACAUAGCCUAAAGGCCAGUGUACCACUCUGUAAAAAACUGCUUACAUUUUUUUAAUCAGUUUCUCUGAUUUUACUAUUUAUAGGUGUUUCAGUAAACUGAACAUUGUUGUUUUAUUAUGGACAAAUAACAAAAAACAUGCAGAGCUUUCAGACCUCAAAUAAUGCAAAGAAAACAAGUUCAUAUUCAUGAAGUUUUUUAAGUUCAGAAAUCAAUAUUUGGUGGAAUAGCCCUGGUUUUUAAUCACAGUUUUCAUGCAUCUUGGCAUAUUCUCCUCCACCAGUCUUACACACUGCUCUCGGAUAACUUUAUGGCACUCCUGGUGCAAAAGUCAAGCAGUUCAGAUUGGUUUGAUUGAUUGUGAUCAUCUAUCUUCCUCUUGAUUAUAUUCUAGAGGUUUUCAAUUCAAGUCAUUUUUCAUUAAGUGGUCUCUUAUGUUUUGCAUAAUUACAUUUUGGGCUAUUUUGUAGGGUUCGCAGCUACAUGCUGGUUAAGUGUAGUAUGUGACGUAGGUUCGACGCAGAAGUAUACACAGACUUUAAGAGCCUAUGGACAUAUAGAUAAAUCGCCUUAAUAAAGAAGCAAAUAUUGGACACCAAUGAUAUUUUGAAUCUGAAUGCCAUUUGGUGGGAGGAUAAAAUAGUUUUUUUUUUUUAAUAGUUUAUGUUUUUAGGAUGAGAAGCCAUGAGACAAUUACUGUAAAAAUGACUAAUGAGUUAUAAACUAGCUAACACUGGUUAAUUAGUCAUGAAAAGCACAAGAGAUGUGAAGAUGUGAAGUUGUCUGCUGUAUGAAGAAAAUGCUUGUUUGUUGUACAGUUCAUGUUCAGAUUGUUAUUAUAUCAAGAAUUAUGUGACUGUGUAUGAGUAUAGGACUCAAAAUAAGAUUGUUAAGUGAUGUCUGAUCACUGUUUAUACAAUGCGUGCACUUUCUGAGAGAUUUUAAAAGCAGUUGUAAUAAUUUUUGAAAUUCUUCAAGGCAUACCUACUUAUGUGGAGAGCCAAUCAAAAGCCAUGAGUGGUAGUGGUGACACCAUGGACCUUAACUGGGAUUGGACAGUGCACUACUGACCCAGUGGCAUGGGGGACACUCGUUGGUCGAUCAGUACUUGAGCCUAAAUCCUGAUGCUGACUGUUCAGACUGUUCUAUGGGCUUCCAUAUAAUUUCUCUAUUAAUGCCUUUUAUUUGUACUGAAUUAAUAUUUUCAUUAUGUAAGUCCAUGUAUUUUUGCUUUCGUUUUGUAAUCAGUACUGUGGAUUUUUUUUUUUGCACUAUUUUUUUACAAUUUUUUUUUGUCUUGUCCAACCAGGUUUAACACUGUUCACCAUGUAGCUUCAUGUGAUCAUUUAAUAUUCUAGUGUAACUCAUCGCUGCUUCAUCAUACUGUAUUAUGAUCAGCUAAAUGAGCCACAUUCUGUACACCACCACCACCAAAUAAAGAAUUG